AUGACUUCAUCGAUCUUCUAUAAAUUCAAGAACUCAAAAGAUAGCGAGCGUAUAGUAUUCAACGGCACCGAUCUGAGUGUUUUCGAGCUCAAGAAGGAGAUUAUCAGCGCGAGCGGCCUCGGCGAUGGAACCGAUUUCAACCUACACAUCUACCCUCAAGAUGACCCUGCUUCCGAGUACAAAGACGACACUACGUUAAUACCGCGAUCCUCUACCGUCAUAGCGAUUCGCCGCCCAGCGCCUCGCGGGCAGGGCCGAGCUGCCAGAUAUGUCAACGGCAAGCCCCCUGUUCGUGCCUUUACUACACAAAGCAAGCCCGUCGCGCCUGCACCUCCCACAAGCAAUGCGACACCAGAAGAUGCUGAGGCCGCGUUUUUGGCUGAGUCGGCGAUGGCCUGGGACGCGCAGAAGGAGGCACUUUCACAUGCAAAGCCUGUCUACCGCAAGAACAACACCAAGAACGUUGUAGUUCCUUCACAUCCUCCUCCUCCAGGCUACGUAUGUCGCCGCUGUAAUAUCAAAGGCCACUGGAUUCAGGCCUGCCCUACGAACGACGAUCCCGACUUCAAACCCGUGUUCCAAGCGAAGCGCACCACCGGCAUACCGCAGUCCUUCUUAAAGAAGGUCGAGAAGCCUGUCGACGAAGAGGCUGCAAAGGGCGUCAUGCUCAACGCCGACGGCGAAUACGUACAAGUCAUGACUGACCAGAAGACAUGGGACAAGUUUCAAGAGAAGACAAAUGCAUCACGAGCGCGCGCAGCAAGCGCUGACGCAGCAAGCAAAGAGCUCCGCGAGCGCGGAUUCGAAUGCCCCAUCGACAAUCAAAGAUUUGUCGACCCAGUCAAGACACCCUGUUGUGGUAAGACAUACUGCCGUGAGUGCAUCGACAAUGCGCUGGCAGACGGUGAUCUAAUUUGUCCAAACUGCGCAAAGGAGGAUGUUCUAAUGGAUGAUCUCGUUACUGAUGACGAUAUGGUCAAGUCUCUCAAGGCAUACGACGCAGAGAAGGCAGCAGAGAAGGAAAAGGCAGCAAAGGCAGCAGUUGCUUCAGAAAAUGAAUCAGUUAAUCAAUCACUUGCUACUGACAACGCAUCUUCUUCUGUCGCAAAUGACGAUACAAAUGCCACCACUACUGCUACUCCAGCAGCGGCGGCGACUGCUGCGGCUGACGAAGUAUCCGAUACUGACUCAACCUCUUCAAAGAAGCGCAAGCAGCCUCCUACAGACAUCAAGCCUCCCACCGCACCGAAAGCCAUGCGUCAAGCGGCCGAUCCCGCCUCGAAGAUGGAGCAGGACUUUAUACAACAGAUGGAGAUGCUCAAGAACGCACCGAUGGGGCCUAUGGGAAUGCCAAUGGGUAUGCCUAUGCCAAUGCAGAUGCCUCAGCAAAUGGGAUUCCAGAACGGCUAUCAGAUGGGCUUCCAGCAGCAACAACAGCAACAGAUGCCACAACAACAAUGGUUUCCUCAGCAAAAUUUUGGUUACAAUCAACAACAGUUCGGUCAGCAGUACAACCAGCAGCAACAGUACGGAUGGGGUGGACAGGGACAAGGGCAAUGGGGCAACGGGCAAGGGCAGGCACAAGGACAACAAGACCCUAACGAUGCGUACGACAGGCAACCGGUCAACCCUCGAGGUCGCAACCGCAGAUCUCGUGCACCAGAUUUCCGCUACCUUUGA